AUGUCCUCCCAAGAGAUACAAGAGCUGCGCCGGCGGCUCGAAGAAGAACGCCGGUUACGAGAAGAAGAGCAGCGACUACGAGAAGAAGAGCAACGGCGACGAGAAGAAGAGCAAAGACGACGUGAGCGAGCCGAACAGUUUCAGAUCGAAGCUGAGGAACAACUGAAAAUUCAAACCCAAGAAACGACACUCCCCGAAUUUCUUGACGCAUGUCAUGUGGAUUUAUUUCUCGGCCUGACAAUCCAGAAAGACAGAAAUUCGUCGACAAAAGGAGACCCCGCGAACGCCGACCGUAAACUCCGCCCGGCCAAGAUUCGAGAGUGGACCAGCUUUCCAAACGAACAAAGUUCGGUCUGGGAGGACCUGAUGAAUACUAAGUUUGUGACAGAACGACAUUUUACGCCCCUGAUAGCGUUAAAAGAAUAUGGAAAAGAAGCCCGACAAAGGAUGGUUAGUUCAGAGUUGGAUUUAGGUUACUUUCAACGGCAGACUGUUGAGUCCCGCGUCGCGACCGUUGUCAAACAGCUAUACGCAAAUCGCCGUCUGCAACAAACGUUUUGCCUGAAUGGAGACAUCAGCUUUGAAAACCACGCCAACACCCUGACAGAUGAGUCAAACAUCGUGGCGGAUAUGAGCUCUAUAAGCCUAACUCAGAGGCAACCACGUCGCUCUGGCCGUUUGGCCGCAAAAUCGGGUAGCACUGACCCUUUAGCUCAGCCGCCAGGAAAAAGCUACAAAAAUACACAACCAAGAAGCUCUCGCCCUCGAGCCGACCAGUUCUGUGUUUACAACAAGGGUCCCGAGGGGAAAGCUCCGGCUUUUAUUAUUGAGUAUAAAGCGCCUCAUAAACUUUCUCUCGCCCAUAUUAAGGCCGGGCUCCAACCCAUGGAUCUUGACGAGGUACUCCGCUUGCAAAAAGAAGAAACGCCUGAAUCCACCUGCCGUCGAACAAUUGCCGCAGUGAUCACACAAGCAUUUUCUUACAUGAUUCACGGGGGGCUAGAAUAUGGCUAUGUGUGUACCGGUGAAGCAUUUAUAUUUCUCCGUGUGCUUGAUAAUGACGCUUCUACUAUAUACUAUUAUCUUUCAGUGCCAGAAGAGGAUGUUGGGCCAACAACAGGAUGGACAGGGCGUCCAAACAGUGACAACCGACUCCACCUGACUGCGUUGGGCCAGGUAUUAGCGUUCACUCUUCGCGCUCUGCGGUUUCCAACUCGGGAUCUCGCUUGGACGACCUGGGCAACGCGUGGCUUAGACACCUGGGUUAUGGUAUACGACGACCUACUGGACGAAAUAUCAGAGAAGGAUAUCCCUUCUUCGGAUUUCAAGCCACCGACACGGAGUAGGAACGAAUAUUGUCGAGCAACCCCUGUAAAAACCCGAUCAAAAUCUACUGCUAUUGCAUCAUGUAACUCUUUGCAAAAUCCGAGGCCGCCUGAUGAUGACGCUGGAGAUGGCUUUGAUCCAGAUACGCCUAGUCGACGACCCCGAGAACCCUCCUUUCCUAACCCUUUGUCAUCCUCAUCAGGGACAGGUGAGGCAUUACAGGGUUUUCACUCGAAAGGCAAGUCUCGACAGUACUGCACACAACUGUGUCUCUUGGGCCUGGUCAAGGGAGGAGAAUUGGAUCGAACUUGUCCUAAUGUGUUGGACCACGGAACCAGUCGACACGAACUAAAUCGAACAACCCUCAUCCAUCGACUGAGCCGGCAGCUAUCCAACAAUAAUCUUUUUCGUGAUUCGCAGCUGGGAUGCGAAUCGCUGCACAUUCAUGGGACCCGUGGAGCUCUCUUUAAAAUCACUUUGUGGUCUCACGGAUACGUUUUUGUUGGCAAAGGGGUGCCCGCCGAGUUUGUAAAGGGCUCAAAGCACGAGAAGCUCAUCUAUUCACGCCUUUCUCCAAUUCAAGGGACCUCAGUGCCUGUUCUACUUGGCAGCCUACGACUUAGUCGUCCUUUCUCUUAUGACGGCAUAGCGGAAAUUGUUCAUUUAACACUGAUGGGCUACGCCGGAGGGACCCUUGCAAGUCAGCAGGGUCUCGAUCGUUGUGGGAUUGUUAGUCAGGCUGAGAAAUCCUUACAGGCAAUCCACAAUCUAGGUGUGCUUCACAGUGAUCCGAUACCCGGAAACAUGGUUUGGAACCAGAAGUUGGGUCAGGUGAUGUUCAUUGAUUUUGAGCGGGCAUCGCUGCAAACCCGACGUGUACCACUUGGUCGCAUUUCACCUAACAAGAAACGAAAACGGGAUAUCUGCUUGGAAAGCCCAAAUAAGCGACUGACAUGUUUUGAGCGCGAGAAGCGACGCAUGAGACAUGAAUUAGGAUGA